CGCACAGCACCUAGUGGGCGGUCGGAUCGCACAGGCCCGCCCCCCCCCCGCAUAUAAGAGCGGUGCGGCACUGCAGCUAGCGCAGUUCUCACUGAGACCCGUCACCCGGACUCUACGUGAGACCCACCGCCCGGACUCACCAUGCGUGAAUGCAUUUCAGUCCAUGUGGGGCAGGCAGGUGUCCAGAUGGGCAAUGCCUGCUGGGAGCUCUACUGUCUGGAACAUGGGAUUCAGCCGGAUGGGCAGAUGCCCAGUGACAAGACCAUCGGUGGAGGGGAUGACUCCUUCACCACCUUCUUCUGUGAAACUGGCGCUGGAAAGCAUGUGCCCCGGGCAGUUUUUGUGGAUUUGGAGCCCACUGUAAUUGAUGAGAUCCGAAAUGGCCCAUAUCGGCAGCUCUUCCACCCAGAGCAGCUCAUCACUGGGAAAGAGGAUGCCGCUAACAACUAUGCCCGUGGUCACUAUACCAUUGGCAAAGAAAUCAUUGACCCAGUACUGGACCGGAUCCGCAAGCUGUCUGACCAGUGCACAGGACUUCAGGGCUUCCUGGUGUUCCACAGCUUUGGAGGGGGCACCGGCUCUGGCUUCACCUCACUCCUGAUGGAGCGGCUUUCUGUUGACUAUGGCAAGAAAUCCAAGCUGGAAUUCUCCAUCUACCCAGCCCCGCAGGUGUCCACAGCUGUGGUCGAGCCCUACAACUCCAUCCUGACCACCCACACCACCCUGGAGCACUCAGACUGUGCCUUCAUGGUGGACAACGAAGCCAUCUAUGACAUCUGCCGCCGCAACCUGGACAUCGAGCGCCCCACCUACACCAACCUCAACCGCCUCAUCAGCCAAAUCGUCUCCUCCAUCACAGCCUCCCUGCGCUUCGACGGAGCCCUCAACGUGGACCUGACAGAGUUCCAGACCAACCUGGUGCCCUACCCUCGCAUCCACUUCCCCCUGGCCACCUAUGCGCCAGUCAUCUCUGCAGAGAAGGCCUACCACGAGCAGCUGUCAGUGGCAGAGAUCACCAAUGCCUGCUUUGAGCCUGCCAACCAGAUGGUGAAGUGUGAUCCCCGUCAUGGCAAGUACAUGGCCUGUUGCCUGCUGUACCGUGGAGAUGUGGUACCCAAGGAUGUCAAUGCUGCCAUUGCUGCCAUCAAGACCAAGCGCAGUAUUCAGUUCGUGGACUGGUGCCCCACAGGCUUCAAGGUUGGUAUCAACUACCAGCCACCCACUGUGGUGCCUGGGGGUGACCUGGCCAAGGUGCAGCGAGCCGUGUGCAUGCUGAGCAACACGACUGCCAUUGCCGAGGCCUGGGCCCGCCUGGACCACAAGUUCGACCUGAUGUAUGCCAAGAGGGCGUUUGUGCACUGGUAUGUGGGCGAGGGCAUGGAGGAAGGUGAGUUCUCCGAGGCCCGGGAGGAUAUGGCUGCCCUGGAGAAGGAUUACGAGGAAGUAGGCAUCGAUUCCUAUGAGGAUGAGGAUGAGGGAGAAGAAUAGAACAGCUGCCUGGAGCCUACUCACUAUGUUUAUUGCAAAAUCCUUUCGAAAUAAACAGUCUCCUUGCACGGUUUCUUGUCCCCUCUGUGAGUGCGUAAGCUUCUGCUGCCUUCCCUAUUUGUGCUGCUGCUGCUGCUGCUGCUGCUGCUUCUGCUGCUGCCCUCACUAUUUGCUGCUCAUGACCUUCUUCCCUUCCAUGGCUGAAGGUGAGACCUGCCAAGGGACCCUCGCCACGCCCAGGAAACAUGACCCCAUGUAUGAUCCGAGGGGCAACCAGGAUAGGGGGGAGAUGAGGACUGAAUCUUGGACCUGUCCAGCUGUUAAAGGACAUGAGGCUUCACUUCCUUUCCAAGUAGGAGUUUAAGCCCAGCAGUUUCUGUAUUUGAGUUAGACUGCUACCCUAUUCUUCUUGCUGCUCUGCAUUCACUGACUCUGGAAGCAAUGCUUGGCCCAGGCAUCUCUGUGUUAUAAGGGCUUGGGAGUAGGGCUGAGCUGGCCCAGAGUUCCUGGGCAAGGAGCCUAGUCAUAUGCUUGGGGGAUGGGAGGAAACACGGGUGAUCUCCUGGAGUUGUUUGUGUCACUGCACCUCCCAGCAGCUUUGCAAAGCUUACUAUCCGUCCCGCUGCUUUGCUGGGGCCUAGAGCAAUGCCAUUAAAAGUCAGGUCAUCUCCC